ACCUUAGUCACCUGACCCUCUGAGGAUACUGUCAUUACAUUCACUCCUCAUUAGAAAGCAUGAGAUUCACGGAUCUCCUCUUCCUGGCAGCUCUGGUUGGGACCCUGGUCUAUGCCCAAGAUGGCACCUCUGACCCUGCAGGGUCUGCUCCUAACCAAGAUUCUGUGACCUCUAAGGCUGAUGAGGUGACCUCAACUUCAGAAAAACCGACUUCAACUCAAGAGACAGUCACAACAACCCAGAAGACUUCAACAGUAGCUCCGACGACCAAACGCCCCCAGAGAAAGCAGAACCAAGUCCCCCAGAAAAAGCAGAACACCCUGCAUUCCAUAAUAGAAGCUACUGGCUCACAAGCACAGGCGGCUGCUAAAGAAGUAAAAGACAAAAUAAAUAGUGCCAUUCAGCAUGGGAUGCAAUUACAAAAAAACGUGGCAAAGACAGCUCACUCAGUAGCAAAGGAGGGCGCUGAAGAACUAGAAAACAGAAUAAAUGAAGUUGCUAGCCUUGGGGGAAAAUUCUUUACAGGUGGAGCUAACAUGCUAACAAACUUAAGGAAGCUUUCACAUAGAGCCCCAAAAAGCCGAAAAUAAUGAAAUCACUGGACUUAAACCCUUAAACACCCUGUAGCUCAGAGCUAUUAAAGUGAAAGCAUUCAACCUG